AUGGCCGCUGCAAGACGCGAUUUUGUUUCUGAAAUCACACCAGCAAAAGAAUCAUGGGAUGUUGUUGUUCGAGUUAUUCGAUUGUGGUUUGUGCCAGACAUGAAUUCGAAACAAAAGUAUUAUGCGAUGGAGAUGGUUCUAAUGGAUGAGAAGAGUUCUACUGUGGUUACAGAAAUUGGUGAUGAUCUUAUAACAGUAUCCCCUUACUCAUUUGUGUCCUUCCCAGAGAUCGUUGGGAAAAUUGAUAUGGACUACUUGAUUGAUGUUGUGGCCAUUUUGUCUGCUGUUGGACGUGAAAGGGUCUAUGAAAGGAAUGGUGUAACUACUAAGUUUAAGGUUAUUGAGUUACAUUUUGAUGGGAUGAAGCUUGACUGUACACUGUUUGGACCAUAUGUUGAUGAACUUGAUGCAUACCUCAAAUAUGGUAACACUGACACUGUUGUUGUUCUUGCUCAGUAUCUGAAAUUCAAAUUGUAUAAUGGAAAAAUCCAGAUUCAGAAUGCAAUGAACUGUACCAAACUGUUGUUCAACCCAAAAACACCUGAGGCAGAUUCUUUAAAACUGAAUGAUAACAUUGGAUUGCCUACUCAACCAUUUAGUUAUAUGAAGGAUGCUUCUGAGAUGAGAUUAGAAGAAGAUUUCUUAAAUCUGAGUCAACGCAAAAUAAUAGAGGAACUAAAAAACUGUCAAGAUAAUAUGGUUUGUGUUGUGUUAGGCACGAUCAAACAUGUUAUGGGUGGCAAUGAUUGGUGGUAUGUUGCAUGUGUCUGCAACAAGGGUGUUGUUGUAGAUUCCAGGAGGUUCCGUGUCAAACUCAGAGUAAUUGAUGAAACUGAUUCUGCUACUUUCGUGCUUUUUUAUCGCGAUUGUUAUUUUCUGACCAAAAUGACAUGUUCUGAUUUGAUUGCUGAAAUGGACCGGGAAGAAGAGCUAACAAUUGUGCCUAAAGUGAUUGGUGGUUUGGUUGAUCAAACAUUUAUGUUUAAGAUAGAUGUAAAAAAUGAUGUGAGCUCUGGAUAUGAACAAUCUUUUCACGUGAAAAAAGUUUGUGCUGACAAAGAUAUAAUUUCAAAGUUCAAAUCUGUUGCAAAGGUCGAUAAUACUCUCUUUCAUAAAUCUGUUGACGUUGAGGAUGAUUUGAAUGCUGGUGUGGUUCAAAGUGACAUGUCUGCUGGUGCAAUUCAGGAUCUGAAUUUCGUUGUGAAGAAAAAUACUGGUGUUGAAGAAAUUGCCAUUGGUUCUCAUGUUCAGAAUGAGUUGGUUGCUGGGGUAGCUCGGGAUUUGAGUUCAAAAUUUGAAAAUGAUGGCGCUGAGGAGAUUUGUGAAGACAACGGUUCCGUUUCAGCACAUAAUGAAGUUGAUCUUGCAGAUUGCACUACUGUUAAGAGAGGAAUUUGA